AUGCUGCUACACUUGGGAAAUAGUGACGUUGCUACACUUGUAAAUAGUGACGCUGCUACACUUGGAAAUAGUGAUGCUGCUACACUUGGAAAUAGUGACUCUGCUACUUUUGGAAAUAGUUAUGCUGCUACACUUGGAAAUAGUGAAGCUGCUACACUUGGAAAUAGUGACGCUGCUACACUUGGAAAUAGUGACGCUGCUACAUUUGGAAAUAGUGAUGCGGCUACACUUGGAAAUAGUGACGCUGCUACACUUGGAAAUAGUGACGCUGCUACACUUGGAAAUAGUGAUGCUGCUAGACAUGGAAAUAGUGACUCUGCUACACUUGGAAAUAGUGAUGCUGCUACAUUUGGAAAUAGUGAUGCUGCUACAUUUGGAAAUAGUGACUCUACUACACUUGGAAAUAGUGAUGCUGCUACACUUGGAAAUAGUGAUGCUGCUACACUUGGAAAUAUGAACGCUGCUGAACUUGGAAAUAGUGAUGCUGCUACACUUGGAAAUAGUGACGCUGCUACACUUGGAAAUAGUGACGCUGCUACACUUGGAAAUAGUGAUGCUGCUAGACAUGGAAAUAGUGACGCUGCUACACUUGGAAAUAGUGAUGCUGCUAGACAUGGAAAUAGUGACGCUGCUAACACUUGGAAAAUAGUGAUGCUGCUCACCUUGGAAUAUGACGCUGCUACACUUGGAAAUAGUGACGCUGCUACACUUGGAAAUAGUGAUGCUGCUAGACAUGGAAAUAGUGACUCUGCUACACUUGGAAAUAGUGACGCUUCUACACUUGGAAAUAGUGAUGCUGCUACACUUGGAAAUAGUGACGUUGCUACACUUGUAAAUAGUGACGCUGCUACACUUGGAAAUAGUGAUGCUGCUACACUUGGAAAUAGUGACUCUGCUACUUUUGGAAAUAGUUAUGCUGCUACACUUGGAAAUAGUGAAGCUGCUACACUUGGAAAUAGUGACGCUGCUACACUUGGAAAUAUACUGCUGCUUACAUUUGGAAAUAGUGAUGCUGCUAGACAUGGAAAUAGUGACGCUGCUACACUUGGAAAUAGUGAUGCUGCUAGACAUGGAAAUAGUGACGCUGCUACACUUGGAAAUAGUGACGCUGCUACACUUGGAAAUAGUGAUGCUGCUACACUUGGAAAUAGUGAUGCUGCUACACUUGGAAAUAGUGAUGCUGCAAGACAUGGAAAUAGUGACGCUGCUAAACUUGGAAAUAGUGAUGCUGCUACACUUGGAAAUAGUGACGGUGCUACACUUGGAAAUAGUGACCGCUGCUACAUUUGGAAAUAG